AUGGACGUCGUCUUCGGCUUCGUCGGCUACGACUUCGCCGUCCUCGUCGCCGACCGCGCGGCGACGCAGCAGAUCAUCGUCCAGAAGUCGGAUGAGGAUAAGAUCGCGGUCGUGGACGGGACGAAGAUCAUGGCCACGAGUGGGCCGCGCGGGGAUUGCGUCGCGUUCGCCGAGUACGUCGCGGCGAACGUGCGAUUGUACCGGUUAAAGUAUCAACACGAGCUGGACGUCAAGGCGACGGCGCAUUACGCGCGAAAUGAGCUCGCGACGGCGUUGAGAAAGGGACCGUAUCAAGUGAACGCGUUGUUGGCUGGGGUGGACGCGAACGGGCCGGAGCUGUACUUCAUGGAUUACCUCGCGACGUGUCACCGAGUGAACACCGGGGGACACGGAUACGGUGGGAUGUUUUGCCUGUCGUUGUUCGAUAAGCACUGGGUUCCGAACAUGUCUCGGGCGCAGGCGAUGGAGUUGGUGGAUCUGUGCGUGGCGGAGGUGUGCGAACGUCUCGUGACGGCGCCGACGGAGUACCUGGUGAAAAUCGUUGACAAGAAGGGCGUGGAGGUGAUCGAGUACGACGCGACCGAACGCUUGGCGAAGCGACGGGAGGUACAGAUGCAAGCGCGAGAGGCGGCGCGGCAGGCCGCCGCGCGCGUCGGCGCGUGA